AUGGAACAUGAGGUCCGGAUUGUUCUGGUGGGGAUGACUGGAGCUGGGAAGAGUGCAACAGGAAACACCAUCCUGGGUAGAAAUGCUUUUAACUCAAAAAUGUCUAUCCACUCUGUGACAUCCAAGUGUGACAAGAACAGAGGAGCGGUGGAUGGACAAAAGGUUGCGGUUAUCGACACUCCAGGCUUGUUGAACACCUACUAUACCCAACAGGAGACACUGACAGAAAUCAAGAGGUGUAUCUCUCUCUCUUCUCCUGGUCCCCAUGUGUUCCUGUUUGUGAUACAAGUGGGUAGAUUCACACUUGAGGACAAGAACACAGUGGAGAUCAUCCAGACAUUCUUCGGGGAACAGUCAACAAACCAUACAAUGGUGCUAUUUACCCAUGGAGAUCGACUGGAGGGAACGUCAAUUAAAGACUAUAUGGAUAGUUAUCCAGAUCUUCAGUGUUCCACAAAACAAUGCCAUGGGGGAUAUCAUGUCUUCAACAACAGAGAUAAGAAUCCCUCCCAGGUCACUGAGCUGCUUGAGAAGAUAAACAAGAUGGUCAUGAUGAAUGGAGGAAGAUACUACACCACUGAGAUGUUCAAGGAGGCUGAGAGAGAGAAUAAAGAAGAGGAAGAGAGGGCGAUGGAAACAUUUGAAAGAGAGCAUCCAAGGGAUAGAUUUGGUGUUGAAAGGCCAGUUGUGGGGGCAGUAGAGGGACCUACAGUGAAAGCUGUAGUAAAUAGAUGCAGUACUCAAUGAAAGUCCAUAGCUAACAUUGCUGUACAUUCUACAAGUUGUUUGACUUCAUUAAUAGAUAUCUAUAGUCUAUAUUAAGAUAUCAGUCAGAUUGAAGAGAAGAAGAGGAUGCUGAAAGAGAACAAAGAGCAGAGACUCAGAAAGAGGGAAUGGUGGAACUGGAAACAUGGAAGCUCCAGCCAUUACCACUAGCCCGUCCUCCCAAAUUAAGGUGCCACCAACCUCCUGUGGUACAUGCAACAUUUAAAGAUGUUUUAAUUAAAAAUAGUUUCUAGGAAAAUAAAUAAUAAAUAAAUACAACUGUUUGAAUUAACAUUUAUUCUAAUUCUAGUGAAACGUCAACAUGAUUAUUAUAUAAUCAGACUAUGGACCUAUACUCUUAGUCUCUUAAUCAAUCAUUACACAAAUACUAAAAUUGAAGAAUGUAAUAUUCGUUAACUAAUUAAUAAAAAUAUGUUCGAACAAAUAGAGGGCGACAGAGAGUGAAAAGUAAAGGGACAGAGGGAGAGAGAGAGAUGAGAGAGUGAACGGUGUAGAAAGAGCAGGUUGAGAGAAUCUAUUCUCUAAUUAAUCUCUGUGACCAAUCUCUCUAUAUCAUAAACACAUUGACUAUAAUGAAUAUUGGGUCUCUGUACCUCUUUGAAAGCAUCUCUGAGCUCCUUCACUCCUAUCAUGUCUGCUGUCUCUGCCAACAUUUUAGGACCCAUCAGCUCCACAAAGUCCUCUGCCUUGAGGAACAAAGGAGUUAUUACAACUGUCACAGGGAUGACGAAAAGCUGAUACGAAUACUGUAUAAUCAGGGGCAACCCGUCUGUUUCGAGCCCCAUAUUUUUAGCAAAACAAAAAAAUCAAGCUUGCCUGUUUUGCAUGUUAUUUUGGCAUUAUUACGUGUCACAUAUCAGUUU